AUGGAAGAAGCUGAGGCUGUAGAAUUUUCUCCCUCUUACAGAAUUUUAGAGGUAACUGAAGAAUCUGAUGAAGAAUCAAAUCAUAAUCACUUGAAAAAUGAAUUUUCUAAUUCUUAGCAUGAAAGUCAUUAAGAUACUGCUUAAUCAGCCAAAAAUUAAUAUCAAACCCAGAAAUAGCCAUAAGAAAUAAUAGAGAUAGAUGAAAAUUUAGAUGAUGGUGAAGAAUAGUCCUUCCAGUAUAGUAAAAAAAAAGUGGAUAGCAGUGGAAAGGAAAUCGAAGAAUUUUAUUAAAAUAUGUCCUUUUAAAACUCUCCAAAUUAGCCUUAAGUUUUAUAAAUAAAUAACACUAGCAAUAUUCAGCCUUCUUAAAAGAUAAAUCAAAAUGUAUAGAAUGCUUAUGGAUACAUAAACUAAUAAUAAUAAUUAUAAUAGUAAUAAUAAUAACAAUAAUAAUUUUAGAAUGGAGUUCCUUCUUUUAAUAUUUAAAUUCAAAGAAAUGGAGAAAAAUAUGAAUUAAAAAGCGCAAGCAAAAAUUUAAUGUAAACUUUUUCAAAUACACAAAAUCAAUAGAAUAACUAACCAAUUGCUUAAAACGCUCCGAUCCAAGUCUUUAAACCUUAACCUAAUUUCAAUAAUAAAUUACAAUAAAAUCAAAAUUUACCACCUUAAGAGGAAGAAACUAGAGAGAGAAAGCUUAGUGUUUAGCCUGUAAGGCUGAUAGAUUAAGAAGCUUUUUUAAUGAAAGCCUCUCCUUAGAAUUAAAAUAAUGGUAAUAAUGCAAAUGUUAAUUAUAGUAGUAGCAAUAAUAAUAUAAAUACUAAUACAAGUGUAAAUACUAGUUAAAAUUCUCGCAACAAUUAGAGAGCUUAGACAAAUUCUUCUGAUAAGAAAAGACACGAAAAAAAUCCUUAGCAGAACGACUAGCAAUUUUCAAACUAAGUGUAAUAUUUAAUAAAUAAAAGAACACAGGCCUAGCUAAAAAAAGAGUAAGCUCUUUCAUCCUAAAAAAAGUAGAUGCUAAACUAAUAACUUCUUAAUGCAAGUGAUGACGAAAUGGAAAAUAUUGUUCCUAUGAGCUCUAAUCCAAAUAAACUCCCUUUAACUCUAGUGCAAUAAGAAAACUUAGAAAGAUAAUACAAAGAAGUGCUACUUGAGCUUGAGUCUACUUAAAAGCAACUAGAUGAGGUUGAAAAAUCUCUAAGAAUAGAAACAUUAAAUUUCGAGGAAUCGAAGAGACAUGUAUUGAUAUUAAAGAUGGCUCUUUAAUAAAAAGUUGAAGAGGAAACUCUUAAACAAAUUUUAGCAGAAGUUAUUCAUGAUGCAAGAAUAAAUAAAGUAGAUUUGUAUACUUAUUUAGCAAGGUAAAUGAAUCAAUAGUAGUUAGAAGGAGAUAAAAAUAAGCAUAGAGUAGUAGAUUUAGAAAGGUAAGUUAAAAAGCUAAAGUAAAUUAAUGAGGAACAAUCGAAGCAGAUGAAGCAGCUCUAGGAAUUUAAUGAAAGCAUAAAUGUAGAGUUAAAAAAUGCAAUUUAUGCUUUAUAAAUGGCAGAAGAUGAAAAAGAAAGAAUGCUGGCUGAGUAAAGACAAUAAAUUUUAGAUUAAAACUCUCAUGAAAAGGAUUAGCUUUUGGAUUACUUGACUGAUUGCAAAAACUAAAUAAAUGUUUUAUAGCAAGAGAUAAUUAAUCUUAAACAUCAAGUAAAUUCUAAAGCAUUAAAUUAUUCUAUAGCUUCUGAUCAUUCAAAUCCAAACAAAAAUAGCUAAGUACAACAACAAAUUACUGCUGGAGAUGUAAAUAAUAUCUCAAAUGGCUUUUCUAAUAAUAAAUAGCAAUUAUCUGCAAACUAACAUUAAUCUCCUGAACAAUUAUUUAAUAAUUUAAGCAAUAACAAAUUGCAUAACUAAGAUAAUUCUUUUAGCCAUUAAAAUAAUUAAAAUAGUUUAAAUUUUAGUAAGAACAUAAACAAUGAUUCUGCUGAAGGAAAAAAUAGUUUACUUGAUCAUCACUAAGAAGGAAAUCUAGGAACAAAUAUGUAAUAAUAUAUUCAUCAUCCUGAUGAUUCAUAGAGAGACGAUUAGUCUCAUACAUAAAACUAUAACUUAAUACAUCAGCAUGAAGAACAAUAAAAUUAUCAUGAGAACUCAUAAAACUCUAUACAUUAACCUUAAAAUCUGUAAAAAAAAUUCUAAGAUGAAGAACUAGAAGAAUUGCUAAAAGAAAUAGAAGAAAUUAAUAUAGAUGAUAUGCAACCAGAAGUAGUUGUAGAAAAGCUUAAAAAAUUAGGUGGAGAAGCCAAGAGAUUAAAAUAGGAAAUAGAAUAAAAUAAUUUAGUUAUCUAAGAUUAUAAAAUGCGUUAAGAAAAUGAAAGAUCAAGAUAUUCUGAUUAAAUAAAAGAAUUGUUUGAGUAGUUAUCUUAAACAAGAUAAGAACUUCGUUCCAAAAAAGAUUAAUUUGAAUAACUAGAAUCUAACUAAAUAGGGUUAGAAGAGCAAAUAGAAUCUUAUGAUUAAAUUCUAUAGUAGAAACAAGAGGAAUAUGAAAAGGUGAAUGAAGAAUUAAGAUAGCUUCGUUAAAUUGCAGGUGAUAGACUCUAAGAAAUGAAUGAAAUAAAGUUAAAGUAUGAAAUAGAAAACAAUGCUCUUUAAUAAGAGGUAGAGCAGCUGAAUGUCAUAGUUUAAGAAUAUGAAAGUUCUAUCAACUAAGAUAAAAAUUCAAGUGAAGAAAGAUCUUCUUCUAUGUAAUUUAACUCUUAAAGAAGUGGAUAACAAACAGCAAUCAGAUAAAGUAACUCUCCUAAGAAUUAUAGCACCUUCUAAACAGGAAACUUAGCCAAAUAAGGCAACGAAUAAAAUUAAUUACAAUCCAGAUAAACUUAAGAACAAGAAUCUAACUAACAUUACAACGUUUCUACACUUAAUAACUAGGUUGAAAGACUGUAGAGCGAAAUAUACUCCAAAGAAUAACAAAUCUAACAAUUAAUUGAGGAUAUAAAAUAAAAAGACUUGCAUAUUCUCCACAUUACAGAUGAUUUUUAAAAAUAGAUUUAACACCUAAAUCAAUAGAUUGAAGACAUUCAAAACGAGAAAGAAACAAUAAUUCAUGAAAAUGAAUAUUGUAAAAAAGAGGUUUAGAAGCUAAUGGAGAAAGACCUAAUUAACACAAAUAAGCUUAAAGAUAAAAAAGAAGUCAAACAGCUUUAAUAAUAACUUGACACAAAGCAAUUAGAAGUUGAAAAAUUAAUUUUAGAAAAAGAAAACUUAAACUAUUUUGUUGAAGCAUACAGAAAGUUUAUUUUUAAUGAAAAUAUUAAAAGAGCAAUUUAAGAGUAUAUAGGAGUAAUAGAGAAUAUAUCUUCUUUAGAGUAUAAAAGAAGAGAAAAUGUUCAUAAAAUAAAUUCUCUUGAAAUGCAACAAACAUUAGAAGAAUACUAAAAUGACAUUAUCAAAAUUAAAGAAGAAAUUAUCUCUUUGAAAGAAAGUUAAUUUACACUAGAUGACCAAAAAAAGGUUCUUCUAACACGUAAAAUUUAGCUAGACAAAGAGCUUGAAAGUAUAACAAUAUCACAAUCAGACAGAUAUGAAAGUUGGUAAACCCUCGAAGAAGAUUAUCAAGAAAUAAAGAAAAAAGUUGAAAGACAAGUUAGAGAAUUUACUUUAAAAGAAAUUACAUAUAAUAAUGUAUAAACUGCAUAUAAUGAUUUAUUGAAGGAAUAUGGGCGUCUCUUAAGCUAAAGCAUUACUUAGCAGAAGAAACCAUUAAUGAGAAAUUAGUCUGCUUAAGGUGGAUAAACAUUCAUACUGAAUAAAAGCUUACAAUCUAAUUUAUCUUAAAAUCAAUUUAGUCCAAAUAAAAAAUCAACCAUUUAAGAAGUAUCAGCAGAAGAAAACUCUUAAAUAACAAAUAAUGUAAAUCAAAAAUUAUUAAUAUAAAUAAUAAAUCAAUAUUAUUAAACUAGUAUACUAUUAAAAUAUCUUCUGAUGAGGUUUAGGGUAAAAAAUCAAGAUACGACAGCAGCCAUCAUAAUAAUGACAUAACUUCUUCUAAUUAUUACGACAAUAUGCUAAUAAUAGAUAAUGAAGAAGAUGUUUACAAUUAAUAAGCUAGUUAAAAUAUUAAUAAUUUUAUAUAAAAUAAAGAAAUUCAAUAAAAUCUCGAAUGAAAUUCUCUUUAUGUGUAAAAAAACAUUUUCCAUUUUAUAUUAAAAUAAAAGUUUAUUUAGCUUAAUAUUACUAAAAUAAUUUCUAUCUUUUCAUUAAUUUGGUAUUAAUAUUUGUUUAAUUUAAAAUAUCAAUAAUUUUGUUUUAUUAAUUUUAUUCAUUCAUCUCUUAAUUUAAAUUUUUAAUGAAGUCAGGAAUAGAAAAUUGAUAAGACAAUAUAAUAAAAUUAUUAUAAUUGUGUUUUAUAUAAAAAUUAUUUCAUUUAAAACAUUUAACAAUCAAAAAUAAAAAUUAUUAAAAACUAUGCAUAGAUAGAUACUAAAAUAAUUAAUUGGUUUACUUUAACCAAAUAAAAGUGAGAAAUAAAUAAAUAAAUAAAAAUAUUUAUAUAAAAUAUAUAUAAAUUCUAAUAGAAAGAUAUAUAUAAAAUAUAAUAAAAAAAUGGACUAAUAAAUAAUUAUUUAUUGGUUUAUAAAUGUAUUUAUAAGAUAAAGAUAUAAAUAUAAAAUAAAAAUGACUGGACUGAUAAAUGAUAUAUAAUUAUUUAUUCGUUUAUGCUUUUAUGUAUGCAUGUAUUUUUAAAGACUUCAAAAUUAAUCUAUGACCAUUCUAUCUAUAUACAAAUAAUUCAGCAAAUAAAUUUUAUUAAUAAAUAAAUUUAUUGAUUAUAUUUUUACUCUUCUUAUUAGUGAUUAAUAGUUUAAAUUAACAAAAUUCUAUUUCUUUAUUUACUUUCUUUCUCAUAGAGUACUAUCAUCAGCGAUAAGAAACAGUAGAAAAAUUAAUAUAUGGCGACUAUAAUGCUUAUUUUUUCUAUGGAGCAGCUUCUUAAACGCCCUUAAUGUAUGGAUUUUAGUGAUAUGUUGA